AGUAGAAAAUCUAAUGACCUAAUAUCUAUUAUCCACCAUAUUUCAGUUGGCCCAGUUCUCCGAUAUGCUAAAUGAUCGACCAGGAUUUAUUUCUUAAUCAUCACCAUCAAGUCGCAACGGAGUUUCUGUUACGAUCUGUCGAAAACAUGAUUAUUUACGAGCGGUUUGUUUGGACGAAAUCAUUUUUGACGUAGUUGUUUAUAACCUAGCACAGCUAGCAUCGGCUAGCCGCCUCAGCGGAACAGCCGUUAGGAGACGCGACGCAGUUUCAGCGAGGGGAAGGGAGGAAAAAAAAAAGAUGCUAGUGACCCAAUACGCAAAGUUGUUCUGUAAAUUUAGUUGGAUAAAAGUCUGCACCAAAAAAAAACCUAAAGGAAAACCUUAGUUUUCUGGCGGGUCAUCAAAGUUCAGCCCAGCACUUUCCCCGGAUAUAGAAAAUUUAUGCAAAGUUUCUGCAACGUACGACCUCUCUUCGAGUGAGAUUCCAGAACAUAAGUGAAGCUUGCUAAUGUUAGCCCUCAACCAACGUCCACCAUCGCUGCGUGGAGUCAGAAAACAUUUGUCUGGAGUGGCCGAAGAGUACAAAAGUUGUCCGAAUUGACUGGCCGCUGGUUAGCUGGGUAACCACUCUAUUACCACUGUAGUUAAACAGCUAGCAAAGCCUGCCUGCUGACUGUAUUGCCUUCCACCGACUUGCACUUCCCCCACUCUCAGAGCAGCCGGGGCUAGCCGCAGCGUUAGUCCGGGUACAUAAAAUGAAGCGAGCAUCAGCAUUUCUGGAAGCUUUGAGACUCUUUAGAUCUCGCUGAUGCAUAAGAAGAGGACGUUCAUAUUCUAAGAUCUCUGAUAAGGUCAAGCCUCGUAUGUGGAAUGGAUGAGCAGAAAUCGAACUGCGAAGAGAAUGACUCUGAACCAACAGCUGAUGAUAGCGCCUCAGCACACCAGUCCAUCUCCCUCCAAGGGUCGCCUAGAGUCUCCCCUGCAGCUGCAGACAAAUCUGGUUCUAAUACAGCCUCUUCCAGUACACCUGUAGAAUGCAUUCGUGCCUGUGCCCUCUGUAAUUGUGUUGAUCGGAGCUUGCUUGGACAGCGGGAACUGCGACACUUCAGGUCGUCGUCGGAGCGACCUACUAAUAAGCCAUCAGCUUUCCCACUGCCACAGCCUGGAAAUGAUGAUCUGUCUUCCAUUGGUUUUUCUGACUCUUCUUGUCUGACAGCACUCUUUGAUGACUCAGGGGGCUGUUGGGUUCACCACUGGUGUGCGGUGUGGUCAGACGGGGUGAAGCAGACAGAAGACGAGGAGCUGGAGGAUGUGGAUAAAGCUGUUAUCUCAGGGACUCAACGGCUUUGUGAAUAUUGCAAAAGACUGGGUGCAAGCAUACAAUGCCAUGUAGAGGGCUGUUCGCGAUUUUACCACUUCCCGUGCUCUGCGGCCAGUGGAUCCUUCCAGUCCAUGAAGCAGUUGGUCCUCCUCUGUCCGGAGCAUAUAGACAAAGCUGAGGAGUUGGCUGGGGAGGAGGCUUGGUGUGCAGUGUGUGAUUCGGUUGGGGAGCUCACAGAACUACUUUUCUGUACGGGUUGUGGUCUCCAUUACCAUGCAUCCUGUCUGGAAAUUGGUGCCACGCCCAUUCAGCGGGCCGGAUGGCAAUGUCCAGAGUGUAAAGUGUGCCAGACUUGCAGACAACCAGGAGAAGACUCCAAAAUGUUGGUGUGUGAUGCCUGCGAUAAGGGAUAUCAUACCUUCUGUCUCCAACCAGCUAUGGAUUCUCUCCCUUCUGACCCUUGGAAAUGCAGAAGAUGCCGUGUGUGUAUGGAGUGUGGUGUCCGUGGGUUGAUGCUGCCAGGUUCGGCCCAGUGGUUCGAAAACUACAACAUGUGCGAAGAGUGCCAGCAACAUCGCAGCUCAGUGUGUUGUGUUUGCAGCAAAGCUGCUAACCCAUCUGUCGGGCUUCAGUGUUGUGGCAUCUGCCGCAGAUGGAUGCAUAGUGAGUGUGCUGCAUUGGGGGAGAUCUCAGAAGCCAAGGAUAUCUGCCUUCUUUGUAAGGAGGAUCAGCAGCAUCCUGCUGGUCAGCCCUGCUUGGAGGGAAUGCAGUUGACAGAGGAGAUGGCGAUCCAAGCAGAAACUAACACGGUUGCAGAAAAACCGACGGAGGCAUCAGACGGGACUCCUGGAGAGAUUGGUGCAUCUGAAAUGGAUACGGGGAAAGAUGGACAUCAGAAAGAGACUCCCAUGGGUUCAGAUGCAGAGUCUGCAGUAGUUCACUCUACAGCCGUUAAGGGGAGUGAAAUGAUGCCAGAGUCGCAGCUAGCAGCAGAAGGAUCCAUCUCCGAGGAGUCUACUGUGCGUCCCACAACACAAGGAGACUCUUUUCUUUCUGCUGGUGAAAGGAAAUCAGAAGAAGCAUUCGUUUUGAAGACACAAAGCCCCCCCUCCCAGGUCUUCACAGCAGAAACUCAGAAUAACAUGAACCCUGCAGCAGAUCCUACAGCUGAAAACAUGGAGUUGGGGAACGUAAAAGAAAUGCAAGAGUCUAUGCUCCCUGAAAACAAGGCGUUGCUAAACAGCGGCUGCGUUACGGAGUCCUUUGGAAAGGAAAAUCAGAAACCAGCAGAAAAACCUGAGCUGUCAUCUAUGGAUGAUAAACCAGAGAGAAGUGUAUUCCAAGAUCCCCAGUCUCCUUCCACCAUCUCCCUAUCAACAGACACACAAGAGACGCUUUCUGCCAUGGACAUAGAAACAAGGUUGCUUCCUCAGUCUGAGGAGGAAGAUGAAGAAGAGGAGGACGAGCAAAUGAAAGGACAUCAUCUGGACAUAAAGCAGGAGCUGCAAGGGACAAAGCCAGAGCUGCUGCUGGAUGAGAUGUCCAGCAGCAGUGGCUUCCUGGGCUCUCCUGGAGAACCAGAUCCUCAGCUGUCCAUGGAGCUCGGACUGGUUCCCGCUCGCCGCUCCCAUGGUGAUAACCUUACAGAGACUGAUGACUCGCUUCCUUUCGAAGCCCUUCGGAGCGACAGAGAGAAGGCGAAACGUAGAGGGUCCCCAGGCCGCUCUCGGGUCAAACAGGGGCGAAGCAGUAGCUUUCCUGGUAAGCGGAGACCUCGAGGUGGAGGCGGAGGAAGAGGGCGUGGUGGGAGGUCCCGUCUCAAAGCCAUGGCUUCCUGCAUCGAUGCUUUCUUGCUAAGCAUGACCUCAGACACUGGACUGAGUAAGGAGGACGACGAAGAGGAAGACGACACCAUGCAGAACACCGUAGUCCUCUUCUCCAACACGGACAAAUUUGUCCUGCUCCAGGACAUGUGUGUCGUUUGUGGCAGUUUUGGAAAAGGAAUGGAGGGACAGUUGCUAGCUUGCGCUCAGUGUGCGCAGUGUUACCACCCUUUCUGCGUAAACAGCAAAAUCACCAAGACAAAGCUCCGAAAGGGCUGGCGGUGUUUGGAGUGCAUCGUGUGUGAGGUGUGUGGAAAAGCCUCGGACCCGUCGCGCCUGCUGCUCUGUGACGACUGCGACGUCAGCUAUCAUACCUACUGCUUGGACCCUCCGCUGCACACUGUGCCGAAGGGAGGUUGGAAGUGCAAAUGGUGUGUUUGCUGUGUCCAGUGUGGUUCCAGCUCUCCAGGUUUCCACUGCGAGUGGCAGAACAACUACACACACUGCGGGCCUUGUGCCAGCCUCGUCACCUGUCCGGUAUGCAGAGAAAACUUCAUGGAAGAGGAGCUUCUGCUGCAGUGUCAAUACUGCGACCGAUGGGUCCAUGCUGUUUGUGAGAGCCUUUACACAGAGGAUGAGGUGGAGCAAGCUUCUGACGAGGGCUUUGCAUGCACAUCCUGCACGCCAUAUGUUCCAAAACCUGUGGUAGAGUCGACUAUUAUGGCUUCUUUAAAGAUGAAAGAGCCAGAACCUCAGUUCUACCGACUGGAGGGAGUGUGGCUGACGGAGUGCGGUAUGUCCCUGCUCCGGAGCAUCUCCAUGUCUCCUUUGCACAAGAGGCGGCAGCGUCGCUCUCGUCUUGGCACCCUGUGCUGCGAUGGAGGGCCAGAUGGGAUGGAUAUGAGGGAGGUUGAAGGAGAUGGUUGCGGGGAGCCAAUGGAUUGUGACUCAAAAAUGGAGCCUCCUGGUAGUCCUGACAGAGAAGGUGGAGACAGGGAUGCUGGUGCUGAAGGCAUGGGGGACUGUGAGGGUCUCAAAGGCGGAGCAGACGAGACAGAGGACAGUAAGAAGAGGAAGCGGAAGCCCUACAGACCAGGGAUUGGGGGCUUCAUGGUGCGGCAAAGGAAAUGUCACACACGUUUAAAGAAGGAGUUCUUUGCCCAGCUGGCUGGAGAGACGACAUUAGAUGGACAGCCUAUCGAGCGAACUAUUGAAGAAGGACCUCACCCGGACACCGACAACAUCAUGGAUCCCAGACCAGCGGAAGGGGAAGAACAGGCCAAGAAACGGCGGAGCAGAAAAAAGAGCAAAUUGGAGGACAUGUUUCCAGCUUAUCUCCAGGAGGCCUUCUUUGGGAAGACACUAAUAGACUUGAGUAAGAAAGCUGUGAUGGUGGCUCCAGGCCAGAGGCCAGGUGCAUGCCUUGUCCAGCCUAUGUUGCAAAAACCAGCAGGAGUGAAAAUCUCGAACCCAGAGGCUGAAGCCAAGGAUCGGAUGCUGGAUGGAAAUUUUCCUCUCAAGCGGGAGGCGGGUGAAGCACCCCAGGCUCAGGGAGACAAUACAGGGACUGCCGCUCCCUCCUCAUUGGUGAAGGACCAGCCUACUCAUCCCCAUGACUCUGAGCCAGAAAAAAGUGAAGGUCUUCCACAAGGAGUGGAGAAUCAGGACUCUGAACAGUUCUUCAGGAAGGUUCUGGGAGUCUCAGACGGUUCCUCUUUAGGAGGGAUGAAGCCCAUCUUAGAGGGUGCUAAGGGAGAACCUAAUCGCGGUGCUGUAGCACAGAGAGCUCUUCCCUCAGGGCCCCUUCCCUCUGCUGAAAUGAUGGAAGCUUUUCCUGGCCUCUCUCAGUCUCCCUUCUUUGACAUGAGAGAGAGAGGACUGUUCAGUCCAGAAGGGGGUGAGGAGAGCCCGUGGGCCACACCCUCCACCCCUGUGACACCGUCCUCCCCACCCACUCCCACAGAAGCAGAAGGUGACGGGCUGUCCUACAACCAGCGCAGCCUCCAGCGCUGGGAGAAAGACGAGGAGCUGGGAGAGAACUCAACCAUUUCACCAGUUCUUUAUGCCAACACCAAUUUCCCUUCGCUUAAACAGGACUACCCAGACUGGGCAAGUCGCUGUAAACAGAUUAUGAAGAUCUGGAGGAAGGUUUCUGCUGCUGACAAGGUUCCAUACUUGCAAAAGGCCAAAGACAACCGAGCAGCUCAGAGGAUUAACAAGGCACAGAAGCAGGCAGAGAGUCAGGUGUGUCGGCCUGUCAAGACUGAGGCGGUGCAUCCUAAAAGCGAGCGACCGACUCUCCACCUCCAGAUCCCUCCCCCCUCAGGCUCAGCGUCCGUUUCUUCCCAUCCAAGCUCUGCAGACAGCCCCUUUUCUUUUCCUCCUGACUCGGGUUCAUCCUCUGUAUUUUUCUCGGACGGCGCACUGAAGACCCCGCUAUCAGCCGAGAGCCGGACUGAUCCUCUGUCCAAACUUCCUUCUCAGUCACCCCUUCCUCACUCGCAUACAAGCACACCCUUUGCUCACAGCGUGACCAGCCCUUUACAGGCCUCUUCCUCAGGUUACCCCACUUCCGGCCCACAGGGUCCUCCUCAGGGACGGCCAGACAGCCUCAGCCUUUUUGACAUGCAACCAGGAACUCCUGGAACCCCUAGACGGGCUCAACACGUUGACCCUUACUUCAGAUCGCAGCUGCUACAGCAGCAGCAGCAACAACAACAGCAACAACAACAGGGUCAUCCUCUACAUUCACAUCAGGGACCUCAGGAGGCCUUAGGACCUUCUGGAAGUCCCCAUUCCAGAGGUCCUGGCCUCGGAGAUUCACCGUGUUUCUCCCCACUCCACAAUUCUCAGCAUGGGGACCCUUUCAGAGCCCAGCAAGGGAUGGGACGGCCAGAUUUUGGUUCAUCCUCAUCACCGUCUGCUGUGGCUUCCUCACCUGUGAAUACAGGACAGCACAGGGCUGACAUCAGUGCACCUUCUCCACGUCCCUCUGCAGGAAGACUGGAGCUUUCCUCUGGGUCUCCAUCUGGGAUGCUGGAGGCUGGGGAUGGUUUAUUCAAGGCACCAAUGACACCUCGAAUGCAUCAGGGAGAGAGCGGGCCACCUCAUCCUGGAGCUUCCCCUAACCACCCGUCUGAGAGCUACCGCCAGUCUCCCUCCCACAGUUUCUCUGAUCCUCAUUCUCACCCACAGAUUCCUCCCAGACCACAGUUAGGUGACAACUGUGGACCUCAGAGACAUGCUGUUGCACAGCAGGAGCAGGGUCACAGAGUUCCCUCUAGUCCCCAGUCCCAGGGUAGCGCCCAGUCUCCCCACACUCCAGGGGGCAUGUCCUCCGAUCCUUACGCUGCCCAGUCUCCAGCGACUCCUCGUUUCCAGUCCCCUGAUCCUUCUUCCAGGCCACCUUCACGACCUCAGUCCAGAGACCCCUUUGCUGCUAUCCACAAACCUCCUCGCCCUCCCUCUCAUUCCUCAGAUGGAACUGGAAAUUAUAAAACAUCCCCCCAUCCCAGCCAAACCCCUCCAGGCCCCACUAACAGUGGUUCUGCAGUGGAUCCCCUCUGUGGUAAACCCCCCUUUAGCCGCAGUCCCAGCACUGGAUCUUACCAGGGUCAGGUGGUAGCAGGUCAGCCUCAACAGCCACAGGCUCAGUUGGGUCAAGGGGCAGACAACCAGGGUCCCAGGGUGCCUCCUCCUUCUGAAUCCCAAGAGCUGUCUUCUGAGCUCCCUCAUCCACCGGCUGCACAAAGCACACAAGAAAUGCCCGACAUCUCCGCAGCACAGGAAGCUUCACUAGUUGGUCUUAGCCCAUCUGAACUGGAGAAAUUCAAACAGCGACAAAAACUAAGGGACUUCAUCAUGAGGCAGCAGAGGCAGAAGAAUACAAUCAAACAAGAGAAGGAGGCCGCCGCUGCUGCAGCUGCUGCUGGAAACGCAUCCCCAGGCUGGUCUGCGGGGGAAAUGGGAGCUUUUCAACAGGACAAGACCCUCAGAGCCCCGCCCCCUUAUCCACAGGACCGUGUUGCUGCUGCUGCUCCCACUGAAGCUCAGGGUUCUGUGGCUGGGAAGAUGCCUGUGGUCGGAGGAGGCAUGGAAGAUAAGCUUAUUCGCCCACCGCCUACAGGGACAGCUACUGUUAUGGAUACAAGUGGAAUAAGGCUCCCAGGGCCCAUCAGACCUCAUGGUAUGUUUGGCCGUCCACCGUUCCCUCCUCAGUGGCAACCUCAAGGUCCAGGUCCGAGAAGAUUACCUCAGCCGGGCCUUGAAGCGAUGGGCAUUAGACAGAACCUUAACCCUGGAGUUAACAUGCAAGGCGUGGAAAGCCCCCACACCAUGAUGCCAGGACAUGGAGGGGAAAACAUGCAAGCGAUGGGCCAAGGGCCCCCACCCCAGUUCAUUGAACUGAGGCACAACUCUCAAAGGGCGACCCUACGGUCACCGUUUAUGCCUAGAGGACCGCAGCCGAGACCACGUCUUUUUGUUCAACAGCCAGUUAUGGCUGGAUCCUACUUCCAGCAGCAUCCCAUAGCUCAACCUGGAGGUAUUCAAGCAGAGGGAGGUGGCACCUCACAGCUGGGGCUCCCGCAGGGCAUGGCAGUACCGGGUUUAAUGCCCACACAGUCUGCUGGACCAGUGUCCCAACAGCCCCGCUUACAGCCUCAAGCACCUUCCAACCCGAAUGUACAAAAUGCUGAGCAGCAUCGAGCUGCUCAUCAAGGAUUGGUGACGGAGCCCCAGGCAGCAGGUGUCGGGACCUGUGAGGAACUGCCAGAGCCUGACCUGGAGGGUCUAGGUGAUGCUUCUGGGGAUGGUGGUGUGGAUGAUGAAAACGAUCUGGCUCUUGACUUGGAUCCAGAUAAAGGAGACGACGACUUGGGUAACCUGGACAACCUGGAGACCAACGAUCCACAUCUGGACGACUUGUUAAACGGGGAUGAGUUUGACCUCCUGGCUUACACCGACCCUGAACUGGACCAGGGUGAUCCCAAAGACGUCUUCUCAGACCAACUGCGGCUAGUAGAAGCAGAAAGCGAGACUCCAUCUGGUGCUGGAUCUGCUCACUGUAAAGUUGAAAAUAAAGAUGAGUCGGGACAGAAGUCUUCGGCGACGGUUUCUCAGAAGGAUUCUGCUCCCUCACUUCCAGCUGCUGCAGAAAAUGCCGAUCCCUCCAAAGUCAAAGCAGAGGACAAAGUUCUGACCCCUCAGCUGCAGUCGGGACAAUCCGUGGUCAAAGAUGAAAUGAGAGAGGCUGUGUCGAUGCUUUUAGGGGGGGGCACAUCAACCGUCAAGGUGGAGCAAAAAGAAAACCAACUCAGUUCCCUACAGAUCAGCAGACUUCAGUUCUCCCUGUCUGGCCAGGGAGAUCCUUUCUCUCCAGGCGCCCCACAUGGAGACAUGGGUGAUGACCCACUGGGGCUUCCUGACGUAGGGGGACAGGACUCACCUGCGGUAGAUUUGGCAAAAGUAGAGAGCCGUUUAGAAGGCGAAUUGCCUCUUCUCAUACAGGAUCUACUGGAGCAUGAAAAGAAGGAGCAACAGAAACAGCAGCAGUUGAGUUCCCUUCAACAGGGAGGCAUCCCUCCUCAUUUCCCUGGUCUCCCCAGUCAACAUCCUAACCCCCAGGGACCUGACCAGCUGAUUCUGCAACAUCACCCACGUCCUCCGGUCCAGGGCAUGAUGGGACAGUCGGGGAUGGUGCCACGGGCUCCACACAUGAUGCAGCAACAGCAGAGGAUGAUGGGACCAGGCAUGGUGCCUCAGCCUCACAUGGCAAUGGCUCAGCAGCAAGCCCUGAUGAGGGCAGGGCAGCCGGGGAUCCACCCGGGCCUCGCUCAUCAACCACAGCCGGUUGUUAAACAAUCACCGAUGGCAAACAAUUUCUUUCCAGAUAAAGAUUUGGAUAAAUUUGCUCCUGAUGACAUCAUUGAUCCUAUUGCCAAAGCAAAGAUGGUGGCUCUGAAGGGGAUUAAAAGAGUGUUGGCACAAGAUCCGACAAUGGUUGCUCCUCCUGGGAUCAACAGGCAACAGGUUUCUCUGCUUGCCCAGCGGUUGGUCUCGGUACCUGGCGCAGAUCCUGCUCAGGUUGCACCUGGACCACCCAAGGAAGGAGAAGCAAAUCCUGCUCAAUCAAGACCUAAUCCUCCACAAUUUGCGCAAGGAAUCAUUAAUGAUGCAGACCAGCACCAGUAUGAGGAGUGGCUUCUACAUACCCAGCAACUUCUCCAGAUGCAGCUAAAGAUUUUGGAGGAACAGAUCGGAGUUCAUCGAAAGUCCCGCAAAGCCCUUUGCGCUAAGCAACGCACGGCGAAGAAAGCCGGCAGGGAGUUCGCAGAGGCUGAUGCUGAGAAACUGAAGCUGGUCACUGAAGAGCAAAGCAAAAUCCAGAAGCAGUUGGACCAGGUACGCAAGCAGCAGAAGGAGCACACCAACCUUAUUGCUGAGUACAGAAGCAAACAGCAGCAACAUCAGCAGCAGGGCUCGGGUCUUCUUAACCCAGGCCAUCCCACACAAGGGGGCGCCAUGUUUCCAAAGAUCCCUGGGCAGAUGAUGAUUGGCCAGCAGGGGGCAACAGUAAUGGGACAGCGCCCUGGCAUGAUGCCCCUACGGAUGCCCCAAGGGCAGCCCUUUAUGGGGCAGCAGCAGCAGCAGCUUCCACCUGGUCCAAGGGUUCCGGGUCCUUCUGGUGCCCCAGCUGGAUUUUUCCCCCAGGGCCCCCCAGUCCAAAGCGCAGACCCCAGGCUUAUUCAAGAAAGGCAGCUUCAGCACAGAAUGCAGAUGGCAAAGCUCCAGCAGCAACAGCAAGCCAUGAUGUGUCAGCAGCCGAUGCCGCACGCAAAUCAACAGCCCGCUUUGAUCCCUCAGUCACAGCAAGGCCUGAUGGGAGGUCAGCGUAUGGCUCAGCAUCAAGCAGGAAGUCAACAGGGAAUAAUGGCCACUCAGGCUAAUCAACAGAACAUGGUGCAAGUCCCACAAGGAAUGGUUGGAGGUCAGUUGGCAGCUCCACCACAGCAGAACCUGGUAACGGGUCAGCCUAUGAACCAGCCUCAGGGCAUGAUGGCGGCUCAGCCGGGAUUAAUGGCGAAUCAGGCAUCACAGCAGCCAAGGCCUCCGCUGAUGAUCGGCCAGCAGGGCGUGGUCGGAUCCCCCGGUCACCCUGGUCUCCGGGGACCUACGGCUCAGAUGACCCAGCAGCAGCAAACCAUUGUGGCCCAGCGUAUGCUUGCAUCUCCUCAGCAGAUGGCACAGAUGAGGCAAGCGACACCAAUGAUCAAUCAGCCCAGCCAAGACCAGGGGGCGCUUUCUCAGCCGUCCACCCCGCAGAUGGGCUCCUCGCCUUCAGCAGGAAGUAACACACCUCAGCCGCAGGGAUCUACUGACAGCCAAAAUGCAGGAGUCAAAGACGGUGGAAUCUUAAGCCCCGAAUCCAGAACUCCACCACAGCAGAGUGGAUCUUCUACUCCUAAUCAGAGCUCACAGCUUAAUAAUCCCUUGGACCAGGGGCGGCAGCAGCAGCAGAUUUACUUAACUCAGCAUCACCAUUUGAAUUCUCAGGCUGUCCACGAACAACAACCUGGGACUGUAAAUCAGCCGACCAGUGUCGCCCAGCAGCAGCAUCCAGUGGGUCUUCAGAGACAAGGCUCCCUUAGUGCUGAUAAACCCAGUUUGAUGCCUGUUAAAGAGGAGGGCAAAUCUGUUGAGUUUCUUCAACAGCAGCAACAGGUCAUUCAAAACACCCCACAGAAAUCACAGGAACCCAGCAUGCAGCAAAUGAUGGGUCAGAACAAUCCGGGGCAGGCUCAGCCCGCUGCAGGGGCUCUGAAUCCACAACAGCAAGCCCUCAUGGCCCAGCAGCAGAAGCAGCAAGCCAUGAUGGGCAUGAUGAGAGCCCAACAUCAAGGAAUGAUGGCACAGAGGCCCGGUGUUCCACCUGGACAGAUCCGCACCCCCAUUAACAUCCAAGCCAUUAUCGCCCAGAAUCCUCAGCUCCGCAAUCUACCCCAAAAUCAGCAGAUCCAACACAUUCAUGCUAUGAUCGCGCAGAGGCAGCUCCAUCAGGGGCAGCUGUUGAGGAUGUCCGUAGGCCAGGGUCAGCAAGGUCAAAUGAGGGCCCAGGGGCCACAGGUUGGGCAGCAAAUGAUGGGGAUGGAAGGCCAUCAGAUGCCUUAUGGCGGCAAAGCAGGCGCCCUAGCCAAUCAGCAACAACCAGGCAUGUUUGGCCAGCAACCUGCGAUUGCCUCUCAGGUGCAGCAAGGGAUGAUGAUCCCUGCUCAGCAGCAGCCGCCACAAACAGGAGAAAUGAUGCAGCAGCAACAGCAGCAUAUGAUGAGAGGACAUUUACAGAUGCCACGUUCCCCGAUGGAGCAGAACCGUAUGCUGAGGCCAAACUCUCCACGCCAGCCCCUCGUCAGCUCCCCUGGAGAUCCACAGCGGCAUGUCUUCAAUCAGCCCCUGCGCCCGCCCACUCCCAAUCAGACCCAACAGCAGGCAUUAAUGGCAGCUGCAGCAGGAAGAGUCCCAGGCUCCCCAUCGCAUGCAUAUUCUCCCAGAGGUCCCUUUGGGAUGAGCCCAGCCCACCCAGGCUCGCCCUACUCCUCCCAUGCCUCUUCUCCUUCUGUGGUUGAUAACAGAGCGGGCAGAGGCAGCCCUUUCAGCCAAGUCAAGUCAUCUCCGCUCAGGUCACCUGGAGCCAGGAGUCCGCUUGAUUGUCCUGGAUUGAAAGUAGAGACUCAGACAUCGAGCAGUGAACCAACACAGACAACUCCGGUGACUCCUAAUGGGCCUCAGAAAUGCAUGAACGUUCAGCAAGAGUUGAAGCAAGUUACAGAAACAUGCACGCAACCAGGGGAGCAGUGCCGGAUCCCAAUACAAAACAUUAAACAGGAACCGAGGGAGGUUCAGUGUGACGGAUCCUCAGAGGCGAAUCCAGGAGCUAUAAAGAGAGAAACAUCAGGUGAAACGGUAACGUCCGGGAACAACACAGGCUUUAUUAAUGCUGGUAACAUGCCAAGAGAUCUUGAGGGCCAAGGCCCGAGGUCUGAGACCGGACAGCAGCUGUUGCAGAAGCUGCUGAAAACCAAGAACCUUCAGCUUAAUGCUCAGAGGCCCUCUGAAGGCAUUCACAACGAGAUCAACGGUCACAUCAAUGACAAACUGGCAAUGCUGGAGCAGAAGCUCCAGGGGACGCCACGGAAUAUGGAGGAUUUGCAGUCCAUCACUAAAAGGCCUCCUGUACAGAAGCCAAAGCGCAUCAAUAAGCCACCUGGAGACAGGGGGCCCAACUCACGGAAGAAGAACAAAAAGGAGGAAGUUGGCAAAAGCACAGAGACCCUAAUAAAACAACUCAAACAGGGUUUAUCUUUGCUUCCAUUGAUGGAGCCCUCGAUCAGCGCCAGCUUGGAUCUCUUUGCUCCCUUUGGAAGUAGUCCAGCCAAUGGAAAGGACCAGCUGAAAGGAUCGUUUGGAAAUGCAGUGCUUGACAAUAUCCCAGACUACUAUUCUCAGCUACUUACUAAGAGUAACCUCAGCAAUCCCCCAACACCCCCUUCCUCGCUACCACCCACUCCACCUCCAUCGGUGCAGCACAAGCUGCUGAAUGGCGUGACUCCUGGCGACGAGCUCCCUGAGAACCAGAAGGACUCCGAAGCAGCAGAACAGCCAUUGGAUUCUGUAGCCCAGGACGUGAAGAGUGUAGACAUCCUUGCCGCCCUGCCCACGCCACCACAUAAUCAGAACGAGGAUAUCAGGAUGGAAAGUGAUGAUGAAGAUACUCCAGAAACCAUCAUCCCUGCAUCAUCACCCGAGAGUAACCUAGGAGACGUAAAUCCUCGUUUUCCUCACUUGCUGGAGCCCAAGGAGGAGGAGACGGAGAGGGCAAUAUCCCCCAUCAUACCCCUCAUACCUCGCACCGCCAUUCCAGCAUUCCCGGAAAACAAACCAUUCGAGGCGUCUGAUGGGAAGACUGUUUGCAUGCCCAACCACUGGGACAAGACCAAAAGCAAUGAGGUGUCUGUUACCUUGACGAUGUCUUCUGCUGCAGCCAAGAAGCUAAAUCAUGUAAUGAUGGCGAUGGCUCAGCUGCUGCACAUUAAAAUGCCAGGAACCUACGAGGUCACGUACUCUCCCCAAAACCCUGAGCUGCCUGGAGUGGACGGGCCUGAGAAAGGACCUGGUCACUCAGGGGCGCUUUGCACAAAGGAUGGCACCUCCCUCAGUCAGGAAGAUUGGCUGAGGCAGUUUGAUGUUUCUCUCCCUGGCUGCACCCUGAAGAAACAAGUGGACAUUUUGUCCCUUAUUAAGCAGGAAUUCCAAGAGACGGAGGACAAACCUCCACAGCACUGUUAUACAACCAAUGUCAGUGAUCUGGACGUACGCCAUCUCCCUGUUAUACCAGUGGAGGAAUCCCCACCUCCUUCACCAUCUCCUCCUCAGCCUCCUCCAGCUUUGCCAGUCCCUACUAAUGAGGCUGAAUCCCCUAAAAAAUCUGCAUCUCCAACUCCUCCUUCCAGCAGUCCUGUGGAUGUUCCUACCAAGACAGAGUCUGAUCAGGAUGUAGGUUCAACGCCCGAUGUUCCACAAUCAGCUAAUGUUGCAGAAGCUGAAGUUCCUGCUUCGGUGUUGAAUAGUGAACCAACCUCAGAGCCGUCUGAUCCCAUGGAGUCGGCUGAAGUUCACAAAAGUCCUGCUGUCAAGGAGGAGGAGAACUGUGUGAUGGAGUCUAAAGAUUCUCCCAGCCUCAUAGGUUCUUCUCCUAAAGCUAUGAAGCAACGCAGGCCUCUCUCUCCCGAUGAGGAGGUGGCGCACUCCAAAGUAAAAAAAUGGAAGGGCAUUCGCUGGAAGCGUCUUCAGAUUGUCAUCACUAUACGAAAGGGCGGCUCCAAGAAGGAGACCAGCCGGGAGGUGUCGGAGCUGAUGGACCGCCUGCGCAUCACCCUUCGCCCUGAAAAGCUGCCUCGGGACAAACGCAAAUGCUGCUUCUGCCAUGAGGAAGGCGACGGCGCCACAGAUGGGCCUGGGCGGUUGCUCAACAUAGAUGUAGACCUGUGGGUGCACCUCAACUGUGCCCUGUGGUCCACGGAGGUGUAUGAGACCCAGGGGGGCGCCCUGAUCAACGUGGAGGUAGCCCUGCGUCGUGGGCUGCGGACUCUUUGUGCGUACUGCCAGAAGACUGGUGCCACCAACAGCUGCAACAGACUGCGUUGCCCUAACGUCUACCAUUUUGCCUGCGCCAUCAGAGCGCGCUGCAUGUUCUUCAAGGACAAGACCAUGCUGUGCACCCAGCACAAGCUGAAGGGCCCCAGUGAGGACGAACUCAGCACCUUUGCCGUUCUGCGGCGUGUUUACAUCGAGAGAGACGAGGUGAAGCAGAUCGCCAGCAUACUUCAGCGAAGCGACCGCAUCCACCUGUUUCGUGUUGGUGGGCUUAUCUUCCACGCGAUUGGCCAGCUGCUGCCCUCACAAAUGGCAAACUUCCACUCCCCCACCGCCAUCUUUCCCGUCGGGUAUGAGGCCACGCGCAUCUACUGGAGCACUCGUGUGCCUAACAAGCGAUGCCGCUACCGCUGUCGCAUCAGCGAGGACGACGGCCGGCCGCUGUUUGAGGUGCGGGUUCUGGAGCACGGCUUGGAGGAUUUGCACUAUCGUGACACUACUGCAGAGGGAAUCUGGGAACGCAUCGUCCAGCAGGUCGCUAAACUCCGAGAUGAUUCGUCCAUGUUGAAGCUGUUCACCGAACAUGUGAAGGGGGAGGAGAUGUACGGACUCACUGUCCACGCCGUCAUGCGAAUCACUGAGUCGCUGCCUGGAGUUGAAAGCUGCCAGAACUACCAGUUCCGAUACGGCCGGCACCCUCUAAUGGAGCUCCCACUCAUGAUAAAUCCCACAGGCUGCGCUCGCUCUGAGCCCAAAGUUUCCACACAGUGCAAAAGGCCUCAUACUCUCAAUAGCACCAGCGUUUCCAAGGCCUAUCAGAGCACCUUCACUGGGGAGCUCAACACACCCUACAGCAAGCAGUUUGUUCACUCCAAGUCCUCCCAGUAUCGGCGCCUGAAGACUGAGUGGAAGAACAACGUGUAUCUGGCGAGAUCUCGCAUCCAGGGAUUGGGGCUGUAUGCGGCGAAGGAUCUGGAGAAGCACACCAUGGUCAUCGAGUACAUCGGGACGGUAAUUCGCAACGAGGUGGCCAACCGCCGAGAGAAGAUCUACGAGUCUCAGAACCGGGGGAUUUACAUGUUCCGGAUCAACAACGAGCAGGUGAUCGAUGCUACUCUUACAGGCGGCCCGGCUCGCUAUGUGAACCAUUCCUGUGCCCCAAACUGUGUUGCUGAGGUUGUGACAUUUGACAAAGAAGAUAAAAUCAUCAUCAUUUCCAGCCGCAGGAUCCCAAAAGGAGAGGAGCUGACCUACGAUUACCAGUUUGAUUUUGAGGACGAUCAGCAUAAGAUCCCCUGCCAUUGUGGAGCCUGGAAUUGCCGAAAGUGGAUGAACUAGCCAGGAGAAAGCGAAACGGAGACUGCUACCACAACACUCCUGCGCCAAAGCUUUGAAUCCUACAUCGCCAGUGCAUAAGCUGUCCUGAAAGACACGGAGGAAGUCUAUCCUCCGCUAUUAAACGAUAUAAGUGUUGACAUCUUGUAGCCAAAGGUCUGAAGAGCAUUAAUCAUUAAAAAAACAAACAACCAAUCACUUUACAAAAAAACAGUUUGAUGGAAAGGGGGGGUCUAACUCUGAUGUCUGGACUGCUGACCCACCUUUUCUUUCACCCUUCUACCCUCAAUAAGCUCGCAGCGGCUGGAAAACAAUCCUGACCCCCACCGACAUCUUUAGACUGGAGCUCAAGCCGAGCUUCGACAAGAAGCCAUGUUCAAAUACUAAGCGUUAACUAAAGGAUGCAUUUUCAUGUUCGUAGUCGGACCUAUCUCCACACCUUUCCCAGGAAUCAGCACUUUCCCCCUAAAAACACAGAUAUUGGCUCGCAAGACAAUCUUGAAGUAAGAACUGUACACGAUCGCUAGAAGAAGAAAAUAAAAAAGAUGCUGUUUAUCUGCGGCUCCAAGUGGCCCAAGGUGGGUUGGUUCGACACAGUCUACCUCACUGAUUUAGCGGGAAAUGACUGCUUUGUGUAAAAAAAAAAAAAGAAAAACAGAAAAAAAUAACUGUUAGCGGCUACUGUGGAUUUACUGUGGGGGGAGGGGGGUGUUUUUAACGGGGCUUAGCCCUCUCGGACAAGCAGGGAAUCUAAAAGCAGCAGGUUUGCUCUAUCUACUCUAUGCUGAUGUUGAUUUACAAUAAGGAGCCGACGCUGUUUUAAACAUGGAUUAUUUAUACAGAGGAGUUUAUCAGUUUUGAUAAGAGAUUACAUCGAAAGCUUAAAGGGUGUCAUCGUCGCCACCAACCCAUCUUUGUUUUUCUUUUUUUUUCUAAAUGCAUCUCAAAAUCAUGCUGUUAGCUUCGUCAAGCACAAUAACAUCCACCUUUUUGACUUGUUAAAUGAUGUAAAUGAACUGUUAAAUACAUACUGGAUCCAUAUUAACCAAGUAGAACCUUUCAGAUUUGUUUGUUUUCAUGUUGAAGCUCCGGUUGUUUUAAAGGAAGCUGGUGGAUGCAUGACUACUGUCCCAUUUCAGUGCUUUUAAUCCCCUACAAUAACAAUCGUUUUGCACCUCAACCUUAAUGAAAACGAACCUUUGAAUCAUGUCUCUUCCUCUCUUUGGUGUUUAAUGGACUGUUGUCUUUUUUUUAAUUUUUAUUUACUGUAAGUAAGUCUUCCUCUGCCCGAGUACAGCCUGCAGUGUUCCCCUUGCUAUAGUGUGAAUACUUCUAACCUCCUCCCAGUGCUGGUACUGUCUUAUAAGGCUGAACUGGUGGCAGGGAAAGACUUAUUGGAAAAAGGGCAUUUGCUUUCAUUUCUUUUUCUUAAAAUAAGAUUUUUUAAAAAGUCUUUAAAGGGAGCUUUACUAAAACUCCACCUUCCUAUAUGACUUUGAUCCCUCUUUUCUCCCCCAACCUAAGACCUCAUGAUUUUAAAAAAAUAAAAUGCAAAAGUUGUACAAACUGUAUAUAUCGUAUAUGCAUUAGGGGGUAGAGUGACUCUUUAUCCAGCCCCUUUGUAAUCAAUAAAAGCGAAAGUGCUGAAAAUGAUAAAAAAAAAAUACAUUAAAAA